CAUUUCCAAUAAUGCAGUAAUUCUGUAAUUAACGUACAUAAAUGCUAGCUUUCGAAUGAGUCUCAGUGAGACAAAAGAGUUUGCUCCAAAAAAACGCUUCCAUCACAGAAUGAAUAGUGCUUUCAUGAUGGUUCAGGGGGGAAAAAGAAUUGAUGUAAUUUGCAUGGCUUGAAUUUCCCCGGGGCAGGAGCUCACGUCUCCUGGAGAUUAACAUGGAGCAGGUAAACAGUGAGGGAGGGUUAGUUAGCACCAGACGGACAGAAGAGCAGCAUGGAGAGAGACACGCAGAGCUCCAGUACAGCAGCAGACCAUGAGAACGGCUCCAGUCUGUUCCACCGCCGGCUGACGCACCGCAGAGAGCUGAAGUUCCUGUUACACAGGCUGACUGUGAUUGGCCGUCUGUCCUGCGGAGCGGCUGACAGGAGGACUGUGGGAGAUCACUUCGAGAGGCUGAUUCUCAGUCUGCAGAGGUUCCGAGCGGGUGAAGACGUCACCGGUCUCCUGCUGCUUUACCCUCAACACGUGCUGCUCGUCAUCGAGUGUUCGACUGAAGCUCUGCUGUCUGUCCUGCAAGACCUGCGACACAUGGAGGAGAACAGCGGUCCGAUCCUGGAGCCCCGGAUCCUGCUGGUGUCCCACGACCUUCCCAGCAGACUCUUCCAGCUCUGGAGCUACAAGCUGCUGGACGAGUCUGACAGCCAGCGGACGCUCGUCUCAGAUGAACAGAGCCUGGAGAGACUCGUGAGAGACACUCUUCAUCAGAUCCUGCGGCUCGGACGACACCUGCUCAACAAAACACAACAGAUCACGGGAUCUAAAGUGAUUCCUGAUGAAGUGCUGAAGGAGGCAUCAGAUGCGGUUCCUCCGCAGGCCGCGGUGAGUCGUCUGCUCCAGAUGGAGGCGCUGUUGAGUCCCGCGCGCUACAUCAGCACGUAUCAUUCACCGCUACACCAUCGCCUGGACUCCGGACAUGUUUUCGGGAGUUUUCGUCCCACCACAGUGUAGGUUUGGAGUUAGGGUCAGGAGAAUCCGUGUGGCCUGCAGUGGAACAUCUUCAGAUCGUUUGAACAACUUUAUACAUUUAAACAUUUUCUACUUUAUACCUCAAAAAGGUUUGGUCAUGAUUGAAGGCUCUGCAUUAAAAAAAAAUAUAUAUUUUAAUGCAUUAAUUAAUGGACUUUAUAAUGCAUUGCAUGAUCUUAUGACCACAAUUUUAAUUAAUUGUUACACCUUUACACAGUAUAAUGUAUUAAAAUAUGUGACAAACAACCAAGUUAUAUUGCAUAAAUAUUAUAAUGCAUUUAACU